UCGCACUCCUCACGCUGCUUAAUGCUAAAUUUGCAUACGGACUUCCGCCCCCUCGGUUUCACUUCUGCAUCGGCUGACUGGCAGUAAAGAGAGAGAGAAGAGAAGAGUGAGAAGAGAGGGGGGCUGGAGCCGCCGGGAGAAGAGCCUGCUCGCCUCCUUCACACACGAGGAGCUGACACACACUCACACACAGGCUAGCUACACACUGAUCUCUCACACACACACACACUGUUGAGCACACCGUGGACAGUGAGCGGCGCGUGGAUGUGACCGGACCUCAGAGCUCCUGAUCUGGAUAUUGAGUGUUCUGGAUGCGGCUGACAGACAGUGUAGCAGAGACAGUGUAGCUCCAGGAGGCGGAUCUUCUCCUUCAUCCCCCCCGUGCUCUCGCUAUGCUAGCAGGACUACAGCUGAUGUGUGGCCGCUCUGUGUGGAAGAAGUCCCGGCGCUGGUUUGUCUCCGAGCCCUAGCUCUCUCGGACGGAUCGGACUAUGGCACUUUAUUGAAAGGCGCUGUGGAUACGGAGCCUGCUGGUUUUAUUUUCUUCUUCUGUGCUUCUUUUCUCUCAAAAGGAAUUGUGUAUUUAUCCCUCGUUGGCUUGAAGUGAUGUUGGGGGUUCCUCUUCAUCAGCCUGCACUUUUUUGCUCUCUGGAAGUUCACUCAGUCAGCGGCUCUCCUGCGAGAGCUUGAGUCGUGCUGGUUUUUUUGUUGUUGUGAUUUUUUGGGGGGGCUAACCAGUAGUUAGCUAAGCUAGGUGUUAGGAUGGAGUUUAGGGUGGUUUAAACUGUGUUUUAGCUAGCUCUAAGGUGCCAAGACGUUGGAUAAAGAUAUAAAAGGAGCUAUAGAUGUGAAAUAGAGCUUAUAACCUAGAUACAUUGAUAAAAAAUAGCUAUUUUUGUAGUCAGAGAACAAAUUGUGUAGAUAUAUAUCUGUUUUUUUCUCUAUUUAUAGUUAACAUAUUAUGUGUUUGCAAUAAGAAUUCUGUGUAAUGCAGUCUAUGUAAUAAUAAAAACAGAGGUAGUUAGCUAGCUAACUAGUUAGCUAGUGUGGACUUCAAGCCGGCAUCUUCAAGGACGGCCACGUUUGCGUUUCGUUUUGCAGGCAGCAAAAAGAAAAAAACAGAAAACCCAUCAGCAGCACCAGAAAAAAUACACUACUACCCGUAUAUUUUCUUCCUGUUUGUGUUUGUUUGUUCUCCUCCUCCCCUGCUGUGGGAGGAACUGAAAGCUUUGCCCCACAAUGAGUUACACUUGGCUGGCUGUGCUCCUGCGCGGCCUCCUGCUGUCUGUCCUUCUUGGAUUGGAGAUAACCACUGGCUCCUUAGGCACUCAAGUUGUCCCACCACCUACAGACCCGUGUCUGAUAGUCAUUCCUCCCUGCGUGAACGAAGCGGAUCGCUUCAGCCUUGAGGCGCUGCGGCACAUUCACAAGCAGCUGGACGAUGACAACGAUGGCGGCAUCGAAGUCAACGAGAGCGUGGAGUUCAUCAUAGAAGACAUGAAGCAGCAGCAGACAAACAAACACAGCAAUCUGCACCGAGAGGACCAGCACAUCACCAUGGAGGAGCUGUGGAAGGGCUGGAAAUCAUCUGAGGUUCAUAACUGGACGUUGGAUGAUGCAAUACAGUGGCUGAGGGAAUCUGUAGAGCUUCCACAGUAUGAGACGAACUUCAGGGAGUUCAGAGUUGAUGGCAAUACGCUACCUCGGAUAGCAGCUAAUGAACCGUCGUUUAUGACGAUGCAACUAAAGAUAUUAGAUCAACGGCAUAAACAGAAGCUAAAUCUAAAAGCGCUGGAUGCCGUGCUCUUCGGUCCUCCUUUACGACCGCAGCAUAACUGGCUGAAGGAUUUCGUCCUGAUGGUGUCCAUCAUCAUUGGUGUGGGAGGAUGCUGGUUUGCAUAUGUGCAAAACAAAUCCUCCAAAAUCCACAUCUCUCGCAUGAUGAAGGAUCUGGAGAGUCUUCAAAGUGCUGAGCAGAGCCUGAUGGAUCUGCAAAGCAGACUGGAGAAGGCUCAGGAAGAGAACCGCACAGUUGAGGUGGAGAAGCAGAACCUGGAGCAGAAGAUGCGGGAUGAGAUCAGCGGAGCGAAGAAGGAGGCUCACAGGCUGCGAGAGCUGCGGGAGGGAGCCGAGUGUGAACUCAGCCGAUUAAAGUACGCUGAGGAAGAACUGGUGCAGGUGCGGAUGGCCCUAAAGCGAGCAGAGAAAGAGCUGCAGUCAGAGUGGUCAGUGCCAGAAGCCUUACAGAUGUGGCUGCAGCUCACACAUGAGGUGGAGGUCCAGUACUACAACAUUAAGAAACAGAGUGCUGAGCUACAGCUCAACGUCGCCAAAGAAGAGGCAGAAAAGAUAAAAAAGAAGAGGGGUUCUGUACUUGGUACUCUCCAUGUAGCUCAUAGUUCAUCGCUGGAUGAGGUUGACCACAAGAUACUUGAAGCCAAAAAGGCCCUGUCGGAGGUUACAGCGUGUCUGCGAGAGCGUCUGCACCGCUGGCAGCAGAUUGAGAAGCUGUGUGGUUUCCCUGUGGUACAGAACUCAGGCCUGCCCAGCCUGACCGCUUCCCUCUACUCAGAUCACAGCUGGGUGGUGAUGCCACGCGUCUCCCUGCCCCCUUACCCCAUCGCAGGAGGAGUGGACGACCUGGACGAAGACACACCCCCCCUCGUCACGCAGUUUAACUCCCCACUGAUGCGCCCACCUCUGACGCGCAGCAGCAGUCUUCGCUCUCGGCGGAGCCUCCUUACCCACCAGCCCUCGCUUCUCUCAGCUGAUCCUGACCUGCUCUCUAUGGCCUCCGCACCCGGGGUCUACAGAUCAGAGGCAGACGACGAUCACAUCUACUUCACUGCAGAAAGAAAAGGAGACUCUCAGGACACGUGUUCAGACUCGGACUCACUCAGCUCCUCUGUGGGGAGGAAGCAGUUCUCCAGCCCUCCGGUUCUGGGAGGAGACACGCCACAGCGUAAAAUCUCCCGCGACGAGCUCAUCCUGUUUGCCCAGGAUGUACAGACCGCCGCCUCGGACAUCUCACCCCUUCUCGCUUCCUCAGUCGACUCUGUUCGCAAGGGCUCUCCCGACCUCACUCGCUCCUCCACAAUCCCAGAAUCCCAGAGUUUAACCUUUCAUCCCGGCACCAAGACAGCUGCCUACAACGGCAUGCUGGAGAAGUCUUACAGCCUGGGCCAGCUGCCUGCUGGUGGGACGCCCCCAGAGGGACGUUACCCUUCAAUAAGCUCUCUAGACACAAAGGUGAAGGCCAGCAAGGAGGCCAAACUUCUCCAGGCCGCCUCCUCUCCGGACUCCGACAAUGGUGAGAAGAAGCGCCCCAAGAUCAAGAACAUAUUCAAGAAGAGCAAAAAACAGUGAAGGAAAAAACAGAGCGAAGGAGAAAACCAGAGAAAAGUCGAGGGAGACGUGACAAGCCUUAAAACAAAUGGAAAAAAAAAAUGUAAGGGACUGUCAACCAGAAGCCAAAAUGUUCUAUUUUCUUUUUCUUGUUUUGUCUUUUUCUUUUCUUUUUUUUUAUUACAACGGAAUGUAGCUCCGUCUAGGUGCUAUCCUGGGUUGGAGGCCUUUUAUGAUGCCUUUUUAAGUCCACUUAAAGCCUGGCGUGUGAUCAUCAUCCAAACGCCUACAGUGGUCAAACGUUAAGGGUCUUAUUGGUCAAUUUGAACAACAUGGUCACUUCACUGUUUUCUUUUCUUUUUUUUUUUUUACUUGAAAGAAGAAUUGUUUACUUCUUGCUACACUGUGCUCUACAGCUGGCUCUCAAAAGUUGCAAAGUAACAUGAAGCACCAAAAUAUAAAGAUAUAUACAUACAGAACAUUGUCUUGCACAGGUAUUCAACCCCAUUAAAUGUUAUCAGAUUUGCCUGGAUUACAAAUGACACAAAGAAGAUUGUUACACACACUAUAUACAUCGAGUCUUAAGUACAGUCAAAUGAAAAAAAAAAUUGUCUACAGAUCUUUAAAAAUAGGUGCUGCUACCCUAUGUAUAUAACCUUUUAGAAUGACCUUUACCUAAAAUAAUAGCUUUAAAUUUGUUGGAGUAGAUUCCUACCUGGCUUGCAUUUAAGAACAGUUAAGAACUGAUCUUCACACAUUCUUUUUGGCAGAUUUUCUCCAGGUUAAUCAGGAGCUCAUUUUUUAAGUAGUGCUUCAACUUCAAUUAAAUUUAAGAUCUGCAGCCAAUUGCACCAGCUCAGCGCAAAUAAGAUUGAAGAUUAGUCCAUUCUAAAAUUGAAAAUAGUACAAAACUAUCGAUGUACAGAAUUUCAGUUGCAACACAGACAUUUAAGGGACAUCUUAACUUAUUUACAAUUUAAACUCUACAGCCAAUCAAGCAUGUUAUCCAACAUAAACAGGAAAUAAAAUACUAAACUGUGAAGUCACUCACAUUUUUUUAAUGGUGUGUCAUUUUUUUCGGCAGCAUUUUAGUUUUUUUCUUUGACUUAUGAAAACACAGGGAGUAAUAUAAACCACGUAUGAAGUUAGAAGUUUGUAACUUGUCACAAUGAGCUUUUUUUUCCAACACAGACCGCCAUGGAUUCUGUUUUUAAGUCUCUUUGAGCAAUUACUUAAAAUGUCUAUCCCUUUUGAAAAAAUUAUAACUUGUAAAUAUGUUAAAACUAGUUUGCUUGGUGUAACUGAUUCAAUUUUAGUAGCUCAUAAACUUGAACAUAGGGUUUUAUAUAGUUUGUGUUUAAACUAGGCACCCAUUAGACUAAACAGAAAAAAAGAUGACCUUUUUUUCGAAUUGUAAGCCGUGUAAAUUUGGAGCUUAUUUAUAUUAAUAUUUAUAUCACUUUAGUAUCACUAUACAAUACUUAAUUCUAAAGAGUAUUUGUAUUUAUAUGACAGCACAAAAUAUCAAUUUUAAUCCAGGCAAAUCUGAUACAUUUUUGAGAGAGCUGAAUACUUUUGAAAGGCACUAUAAUAAAGUUCUUUAUUCAAAAUGUUGCUCUUUCAUGAAUGAAACUUACUGUAAAUCCUUAGAAAACAAAAAAUGGAUUCACAGUUUUUAGAACUGGAGAUCCAAAGUGGUUCUACAACCCAUUUGGCUCAGUAAGCAAAUGAAAUUGACACUCUUCAAAUAUAUUAUUUACAUUUUGAAUGGCAUUGAGCUUCAGUUCACUGGUCAGUUAAUGAGCUCCAUCUAGCUUUUUAGGUCCUCUGUAUUCACAAUUCGUCAGCCAGCCCCUACCACGUUCAUUGUUGGCCAGUUUCUCACCACAGUAGUAACACUGAUAUGGUAGUGGUAUGUUUUUCUACCCAAUGAAAAGGCCUGUGGUCAGAAGCUGACCAGUGACAGAGAGCUAUUAUGGUUGACCCAUAAUAUUAGCCAGAAUUGAUGGGUUUAAUCCAUACAUACGUGAUCUUAUGAUGAAGGAAAAGUGUGGACAAUUGUGUGCCAUUGGGUAUGAUUCAGUAUAUCACAGCAAUACACACUGAAGGGGUAAAUCCACACACAAAAUGCCAGGUCUCAUCCUCCUACACCUUAGAAUGUUCACAACUCAAACACAUAGCAGAGUUGGGACAGUAUAGAAAAUGCAGAUAAAAAGCACAAUGUUUCUUACACUAAGGUUGACUUUUAUUUAACUGCAGACAGUAUGAACCCAAGAUAUUUCCUGUUCAUGUUUUAUCUGUUUAACUUCUUUUCAUUUGUUAAUAUACAUCCAUUCCUGCAUUUCAGGCCAGCAACACAUUCAAACAAAAACAAAACGUUGGAAAAGUAAUGCACUUACCAAUUUAUAAUACUGCCAUUCUUCCAUUUUUAUUUUAUUUCUAAUUUUCUCAAUUUUUUCUACCGAUUCAGCUAGGUCAUUUGUCCCACCUAUUGAGCUGCUACUCAGCUGCAAAUUCCACAUCACAGGUGAUGUUAAAACACUAGCACAUGCCAGGACUAGCACAUGCCAUGCCUCCUUCGAGGCAUGUGAAGUCAGCCACCUCUUCUUUUUGAACUGCUGCUGAUGUAGAAUUGUCAAGUCGGCAGCGUGCUCGGAGGGAAGCGCAGCGACUCGGUUUCGAUACAUCAGCUCACAGAUGCCCUGUGCUGAUGAGGAAAAAAGAGCGCCAUCUAAACAAGCCAAUUGUGCUUGUUUAGGGCUCCGCCAGCUGAUUGCAAGCUACAUGAUCGGGAUUCGAACCAGCAAUCUCCCAAUCAUUUUUUUAUUUAAUUUUGUCCCAAAAUGGUCCCAGCCCUUUGGCCAUCACCAGUGGCACCUGCACGUGUGAAGUCAGUCACCCCUUUUUUCGAGGUGCUGCUGAUGAAUCAUUGCCUGAGCAGCUGGUGCGCUCGGAGGAAAGCGCAGCGGCUAGGUUCAGACAAAUCCGGAUCGUGCCGCCCAGUGCCACCUUUAAGCGCCAUCUACCCACCCAGAGAGAGCAAGACCAAUUGUGCUCUCUCAGGGCUCUGGCAGCUGAUGGCAAGCUGGGAUUCAAACCAGCAAUCUCUUAAUCAUAGUGGCAGCACUUUAGACUGCUGCACCACUCAGAGCCCCUGCUGCGAACCAUUAUUGUAGCAUUUAAAGCCAUGCUUUUGAAAAAUGCAAAUAUGUUCCUGGAGAAGAAGGCAGCAUAUGUGUUUUUUUUGUCUUUGGUUUAGUGCACACGGCAUCUGUUUCUUUCAAACAGAUCUAAAACACUGAUUUAUCUGACCACAGCACAAUUUUUCACGUUUUUGGAGAUGACCCAUUUCCAAAGACUCCGAUCCCAGACAUGUCAAACUUAAUAUAAGUUUUUUCCCAAGUAAUUCCUCGCCCAUGUGGUUCUAUUAUCAGCUAUUACUUAAUAACGGUUCUUGAUGUCGUGCUGUCUGAGGGAUUUAAGAUCAUCAUAUCCCUUUUAAUCUUUCACUAAGAGACAUUUUAAUUUUUUACAUUUUAAUAUUUUUCCCACAUAUUUGUUAAAAAAGUGGAUGACGUGUGUUUUUUUUUUUUUUGUAGGCCUGAAAUUCAGGAAUUGAAAUGGAUGUAUAUUAACAAAUGGUUUGCUAAGAUCAUGCAAAAAGAAUGGGUUUAGUAGAACCUUUUCUGAAUUUUACAAUUAACAUUCUUAGAAGGUUUAAUCUGUCUAAUUAUCUGGGUGUUCUUAGAACUUUUUUAUUUAAUGCUGUUAAAUGUCACUGCAACGUCACGUGUGUCAACGUUUUAGUUUUUAGUUUUGGGAAUGUUACUGUUAACAUUUCCAUAAUGUUAUUUAUUAUGUAUUUAUCUAGCUGGGAAUGUUAUAUGAGAAAGUUUCUAAUAACGUGGUGAUGAAAACCUUUUAUCACGUCACACAUUUUUAAAACGUCCCGGGAACAUUAUUUUUUAUUAUAUUACAGGCUUACCUUCCUGGAAUCUUUUCAAAACAUUGAUAUAUUUUGUUUUAUUGGGAUAGGUGGAAUACUGUCUAGAGUCAAAUAAAAGUCAAAAUAGAUGUCAGAAACAUUUACCAGCUGAAAGGUUUUGGCAUUUCUAUUGAUACGGCCAGCGAAUGUACGUUAAUAAAAACUACAUUCAGUGCUGCUGUUUGGGUGUUUUAGCGUAUAUCCCACUCAAUAACAUGAGCUUUUUCUCCAACUGAUGACUUCAGUUGUCUUUGAUGUCAUAGUAAACUAUGAUGACGUAAUCCUGAACUUGUUUUGAGCCAUGUAGUGAAAUAGUGAUCUGACCAGAAAGCCCCUUAAUCACAUGAAGGUGUGGGGUCGAAUGUGGGCUUUCAGCUUUAAGUCUCACUUCCUGUUUACUGAUACCACAGAACUCCUGUACUUGACUUAAAUGUUCCUUUAUGAAGUUGUGAAGAAAACUACAGAAAGAAAAGCUACGGUAGCACUUGGUGUCAAGCCAGCAGAGGUUUAAUAUCUGAUUGACACAGUCGUGAGCAUGACAGAGCACUUUGUUACUACCUACCUGGUUAUAGAAGUUAUAUUUAAGGAAAUCUUAGUGUUUCAUCAUAUGAUAUUUUAAUAUGUUGAAAUUGAGUUGAAUUGAGGAAGUUGUGUGUGUGAAGCAUCAUGACUGUGGAAAUAGAAGUGCUACCAAAAAAAAACAAACAAAAAAAACAAAUACAAAUCCUGCUAAAGAUUGUUGCACUACUGCUUUCCUCGUGUGGAAAGAGCCGUGUUUUGCGGAAUGACAGUAAGUUACGAUAGUUCUAACUGUGUUGAGAUGCGUUAAAAAAAGCGACAAGUUGACAACGGAGCCAAAAUGAUUUGAUGCAUUUAGAAACGCUUCUUAGCAUAUUUAUUAAUAUUAUUCUUAUUCAUUGUAUUCUUUAUUUCUUUCUUUUCCUUUCUUUUAUUUUUCAUUACGACAAUGUUCUGAUAGGUUUUUUAAAUUGUAGGACAUGCAUUUGUAUGGCGUAGCUGUGGAAGGACUGUGGUUUUUAUAUAUAUAUUUAGAGAUAUGCAAUUUUAAGUUGACCCCUUAAUAACCCCUUUCUCAGCCCUAUGUCUUGGACUCAGCGCUCUGUUUCAAGGGCCUACUCAUCACUGUGAUCACAAGCCUCAUCCUCACUCACUGUAACACAUAGUUUGGCACAACACUCGUGCUAAUAUGAUGGAAAUUUGUCACAACUUGUUUUAUUUUAUUGUGGUUUUUAAAAGAAUGUGCUUCAUAUUAUAUUAAAUAUGUAUAAAAAUGA